UUCGUAUUAUUCUGUAUGUAAAUCAGAGACACUCCAUUUCGUAUGAUAUGUUACGUUUCAUAUGGUAUGUAUUCAUUUGUGAAUAGUGUUACCCACAUUAGUCAACACCUACAGAGCAUGUCAUGUUCUUUUUCUACCUUAACUAAAACUGCUACUGUACAGACCUACUCAUGAGUUUUGAAGCCCAUGAUGCUGUCACCCACACCUAACGUUAGCCAUUUCCACAGAAGCCCUAUCAGCUAUAACCACUUCCUCCCCCUCAAUUUGUUGUGGUUAACUGUAGCCCUGCUUUACAAUGUAGUGAAAAACUGAGCAGCUCAGGGUGCAGAUUAGCAAUAGACUGAUAGCAGCACAAGGAUGUUACUGUCUAGAGCAUAGGCUGUAAUACUUUUGUGUUUAGAAGAUACAGAACCUGGGAACAAGACAGACCAUUUACUGAGAUAUGAAAACUCCUAGACAGACCAUUUACUGAGAUAUGAAAACUCUUAGACAGUCUCUGUGGCCUCAUCACUACUGACUUGUGGUGCCUAGUCUCAUCGCUCACCAUGACCCCAACCGGCCAGGCCGAGGAGUGAGACAGCCAUGUCUGAUUCUACCUUGUUCAGAGCCACCAGAAUACUCUGCAGAAGUAUAUCUAGUGACAUGGAGGAGUCUGAGGCCAAUGGCAGAGGAGGAACUGUCCCCAUGAGGAAGUGUUCAGACAGGAGGGGUUCUGACUGGGGAAGCAUCACCAUGCUGGAUAAGACCAAGGAAUUCUUCCAGACCUGCGAUGUGGAGGGCAAAGGCUUCAUCACACGCACCGAUAUGAGGAGGCUUCACAGAGAACUACCCCUCACUGCUGAAGAACUGGAGAAUGUCUUUAACUCCCUGGAUACUGACCAGAAUGGCUAUCUCACCCUCGAAGUGUUCUCAUCAGGAUUCAGUCAGUUCCUGCACGGCCGGAGGAUCUCUGUAGCCGAAGACGCAGCACCCAUCCUCCCCACUUCGAGGAAGCCCUCAGAAGCCCUAUACCAGAGCCAAUGGGAUGAGAGGUUGACUGGAGGGUGGGAGGAUGAGGAGGAGGAGAGUCACUUCUGUACGCUGCUGGAGAGCCUAGGGGCCAGCAACGUGUUCCAGGAUCCAGGCGAGGUGCGCAGCUUGUGGGCCCAGCUGAGGAGGGACGAGCCUCACCUCCUGUCGAACUUUGAGGAGUUCCUGGCCAGAGUCACCUUCCAGAUCAAAGAGGCCAAAGAGGAGAAGAGGGAGAUGGAGAGGGCCCUCCAGAGGAAAGCUGCCACACACGACAGUGAGAUCCGCGGUCUGUAUGAAGAAAUGGAGCAACAAAUGAAAAGCGAGAAGGACCGGCUGCUCCUCCAGGACUCAGAGCGUCUCCAGUCUCGUAGUCACGACCUGGAGCACCAGCUGUCCAGUAAGGAGAGAGAGCUGGAGCAGCUCUUCCAGAAACAGAGGAGGUUGGAUCUCCAGUGUCGCGACCUGAGCAGUGAGCAACAGGAGAGCCGGGUGGAGAAUGUCAAGCUGAAAAUGACCAAUGAGGAACUGAGCAGAGAGCUGGAGAGCACCUGUCAGGAACUGUCCUUGGCCCAGGAACAACUGACCAUGCUGCAGGACCAGGCUUCCCGCCUGCACCAGGAGAGAGAGAUGGAAAUGUACCGAGUCACUGAGGGACUACAGAGAGAGAAACAGAGCCUAAUGAAACAACUAGACCUUCUCAGAGAGAUGAACAAACAUUUAAAAGAUGAGCGAGACCUACACUGUGCUGUGAACCCCAGGAACUCCCUCAAACAGAAGCAGAGAGCAGGAUUGGUCAAUCUGUUUGCGGACACCAGCCAGCAGCCGGUUAAAAGCGAGGACGAUGUUGACACCGCUUGUCCACCACGUUCGCCGAAAACAAACUACGGCCUGGCCAACGGCUACCACGACUCCAACACCUCGUCUCCAACCCAAGUGGUUGAGGCGCAGGGUGUGAGGGUGAAGGAGAGGCUCUCCAACUUCGAGUCAGAGAAGACCCUCGCCCCCACCCAGAACGAAAGGGACAGGCAUACAGAGUGCCAGAGUAAGCCGGAGGUUAGGGGCGACGGCCUGGACGGUCCCCCAGACGGGUGGCCUCUCCGUCGGGUUAUCUCCAUCGAGGAGGACCACCUCCCCCACCUGCUUCAUGGAGGGCCCCAGCCCCUGCUGCACCAGCUCAGUGAGAAAGACGACGAGGAGCAAGAGAAGGAAGAUCUGGAGAGUAGUAUCCUCUUCGCCCCUGUUCCUCUACCCGUCCCGGUCACGACAGUGUCCCCCUUCAAACACAGAGGUAGUUUCAGCAGAAUCAGAAAUAUCCCCUCGUCACCUCGAGGACAGCCCGUCGGCAAGGAGACCCAAAAUAGGGUGAAGGAGAGGGCCGUGCCUGCCCCGGACCGCCUGUUUAAGGUGGUUCUGGUGGGAAACUCCAGCGUGGGCAAGACUUCCCUGCUGCGCACCUUCUGUGACGGCCGCUUCCACCCCUCCAGCCCUGCUACUGUAGGUAUUGACUACAGUGUGAAGACUCUAAUGUUGGACAACACCCAGGUAGCCAUGCAGCUGUGGGACACGGCCGGGCAGGAGAGGUACCGCAGCAUCACCAAGCAGUUCUUCCGUAAGGCAGACGGCGUGGUGGUCAUGUACGAUGUCACGUUCCUGGACAGCUUCAAGGCCGUGCGACCCUGGCUCAUCAACGUCCAGGAAGCUGCGGGAGUGGGCAUUCCCAUCCUGCUCCUGGGCAACAAGAUGGACGCGACGUCCGAGAGGGAGGUACCACUUAAAGAUGCAGAGACUCUGGCCCAUGACACCCGUGUGAUAUUCUAUGAGGUCAGUGCUUACACCGGCUACAACGUGACAGAGGCCAUGAUCCACCUGGCCAGAGUGCUGAAAGAGCAGGAGGAUCAGGUGAGAGACACGUUUGUCUUACUGGAGGCCCUGCCCAUCAAGAAGAAAGCCUGCUGCAAGUAAAGACACUCUGACAGAACAGAGAGAGAGCAUUUGGAAUGGCUGGAGACUCCUGAUAACAAGUGAAGGAACUCUUCAAUCUAACUCUUUCUCUGUGCUCUCGGAGCCAAAUCCUAACUUUGUGUACAUUUGUUAAUCAAUGUCUCAAAUUAGGACGGCCCUUCUUUCAGUACCUGUUUUGUUAAAAGCAAAGAGCCUGGUUGAGCUGGAUCAUAGUGGAUUUAGCUCUAGUCUUCAUUCCAACCCUUUUUAUGUGUUGUUAUUUGGACCUCCUGACUGUUAUGAGCAAUAGACAUGUGUUCUACUGUAGAACUAAUGGUAUAUUUUGUCAAUUUAAAAAGUGGAUCAAUCAUUUCAAUGUAUAGAAUGAAUGUUUUUUUUGUUGUUGUUGUGAUUAUGUUGUUAAUCAAAACAGAAUGGAUAUGUAAAUAAGAGCUUGAUUAAGUUGUUAGUCUGUUACCACAUAAGCACAACAAAAUAAUGAUUGUCAUAAAUUGAUUAAAAUAC